AUGCCGCAGCCCGUGUCUCUUGCUCAGCUCUCCUCGACCGCCUCCCCGGCCUCCACCACCUCCGCCUCCACCUACUCUCCUUCCAUCCCUCUUAUGCAGGCUGUACUUUCUCCUGAGCAACCCAGAGCAACCUAUACCUCCCCUCUGACCGCUGAUUCAUACACUUCUCCGAGCAAGUUUCGGACUGACGUCCUCGCCGGAGUCGCAACCUCCCCGGCCUCGUAUGGGGCAGGAGUCUACGGGCAGGUCUACAGCUACUCGCCUGUCAGCACUUCCUCUGCUGCACUUGUCCACAGCUUGAAGCCUUUGGAUAAUUCCGUCAGGAGCGUUACCUCGCCAGCGAAAGUCAUGCAGGUUGCAGAGACCAUGGAAGUUCAGCAGCAGGUCCCAAAGGUAGAAUACGAGACGCGCAUGAUCGUCGUCCCUACUCUCGUUCCUGUUCCAAAGACCAUCAUGGAGACAAAGAUGGUGGAGAUUCAGGUACCCAAGGUGGUGAGAUCCACCGAGAUGGUGCAAAGCACAAGGUACAUCAGCAUCCCCCGUCCAGUGUUCGAGGAGAAGAGAUACAUCGUGAGACGCCCCAAGAUCGUCGAGAUCGAAGAAGAUGUCGUUACCAUCCAACAAGCAUUUGAGACGAGGACCACCUUCGUUCCAAGAACCCAGUAUGCUACACAGUAUACCUCUACGGUGAUUCCGAGCGGCUACAACUACAGGUACUCAGACGCCAGCGAUGUCUCCACGAGAAUGUCUGGCAUGAACUACACGAGCUACACGUCUGGUGGAUAUGUCCCCGACGCCACUCAGACCAGUUAUGCUUCCAACUACGUGCCGGGCAGCUACAGCUACAGGUACUCUGAUGCCAGCGAUGCCUCUUCCAGGCUGUAUGGUCUAAACCUCAUGAGCUAUACUUCAAGUGGAUACAACAUGGACAACAACACCUCCACCUCUUCCUUUAGCUACAGACCAGCUUACACUUAUGGUAACACGAAUAACUCCCUUUAUUCGUCCCUACCUGAAUCGAGGCGUUGA